UUGCUUCCCUGGCGACCCCAAUGGGCUGCUGGCGAAAUGGGUUGCUUGCUUGCUUUACCACUGAUGAAGUCUUGGACAGCCAGCAGGAUUUUCAGUCAUUUCCCUUAGCAUCUAGUGAACAAGGUAGUGUCUCCAGUGUUUCCUCCAACCCUGGAGGUUUGCUACGCUGGCCAUCUGCGUGCUCAGUCAGCUCAUCCAUUCAGGUUCUUUUCGACGUGGCACGUGCGUGUGCUUAUUGCCAACUCAGAGCUUCAUUUAUUACAAAGAACGUGUCAAGGAUUAGUGAUGGGACACGGUAGUCGCCUAUCGUUUUGCAGCCUAACCUUUGCGUCCUACUUACAAUUUGCCAUAAUCUCCAGGAUGUAUUUGACGACGUUUCCCUGACGCCGUGAAUCUUCAGUGACUCUGAUUCUCACUAAGGGCCUGAUAACGUACGAACAAAAUGAAAGACAGAGUGAAACUAUUAUAUAACGACGUUUCUCUUUAGAAAUCGCAGGUGUUUGGAAGAAAUUACCAGCGGUUGCUUCUCAAGGACUCCUCGGGUGACGUCGGACGUUAAUAGGAACAGGGGAAUAGAUGUAUGGGACUUGUAGCAAGUGAGGCUACUAAAGGUAGAAACAGAGACAUUCAGCUUAAGGGACAGACGUCUGAGCAUUGUAUGGACUUGCAGGUCCUAGCUAUGGCUUGGAGGAAGCAGCUCAAAAAUCAUGGACGUGGAUGGCUCAUAUCGUAGAGCUGGAAGAACAGCGUGAUGACGUUAAGGAACUAUUCCGGUUUACUACGGCGUUUCACAUCUUCCCGUCAGCUUCUUCUCUGGCAGUCCGAUUUUCAUUGUUCUCUGACACCUGACUGAUACGGUAUCAAGAACCGUAAGCGCUUCUGUUCCAAUCCAAGCAUACAUACCAAGUCACUGAGCAUUGUAUGGACGUGCAGACCCUCCUUGGCAACGGCCACACUUGGGAGGAAGCAGCGGUCAUGUGGAACAUCAUGCACAUGGAUGGCUCGGCUCAUACUGGAGAGGAAGAAACAGCGUGAUGUUGUCGAGGAACUAUUCCGGCAUUUCACAGCUUUCACCUGACCUCAUAACAACUUCAACUUCUUCAGCUCCAGGGCCUCAAAUAGGAAUUCAGGCAUCCUGCGCACUCAGGGCUGGCAGCUUCAAUGCAUACUGAUUCCUCAGGAUGAUUCGCAAGUUCUAUACUAAGGCCCCAGGGAAAAUUUGUCAAACAUAUAUGUAUAUAUUACUGUAGGCUAGAUAGGUUCGCACUCUUAGAGAGUACAACCACUUAGACAAAACCAUCCUGUAUCUCACAUUCUAU